UUGCAAAUUUACAUAUCCAUGAGAAGGUUUAUCAUUUUAAUAUUUAAUUCGACAUGUGAGCAAUUUUUUAAUAUCUUGACGUCAAUUAUGUUAUUUGAUUAAGUUUAGAAGACAAUAGCAGUAUACGACGACGUGUACCUUUUCCAUAAGUCGAAUUCUUGUUGUAUUAAGAUUAUUAGCUUAUUUAAAAACGUGUGAUUACACUGAAUAAACCACAAGCCCGUUGUAUUUGUUACAAUUCCUUACUAAGUUAAUAAUGGAGACACAAAAUCCGGAUGAAACUAAUUUAAAUCUUCUCACAUCCAAGCCAGUGUCUGAAAAUCCCCUCGAAAUCAAAGCGUACAAACGAAGAUGGAUCAUUUUAACGAUUUUUAUAUCAUACGCAGCCAUAAAUGCCUAUCAAUGGAUAGAAUAUUCAAUUAUCAACAAUAUAGUGACAAGAUAUUAUAAUGUAAGUGCUGUGACAGUAGACUGGACAUCGAUUAUUUUCAUGGCUCUAUAUGCACCUUUAGUAAUCCCCGCUUCUUACAUUCUGGACAAAAAGGGUUUACAUGUUGCUGGUUUAAUCGGUGGAUUAGGUACUGCCCUUGGUACUGCAAUUAAAGUAUUUUCCACAAGCCGAGAUUCUUUUUGGGUUGUACUCUUAGGACAAGGAAUUUGUUCUGCUUCACAAUUGAUGAUUCUGUGUUUACCACCAAGAAUAGCAGCUGUGUGGUUCAAACCCAGUGAAGUAUCAACUGCUUGUUCUUUGGGUGUAUUUGGAAUACAGCUCGGGUGUGCUCUUGGGUUUUUGUUGUCACCUAUUAUUGUGAAAAAUCAUGACAACAUUGAAGAGGUUGGGUAUGAUUUUAAGGUACUCUGCUGGUCACUUACUGUUUCCGUGAUAAUUCCAGCUCUUGCUGUUAUAUUCUAUUUUCCCGUGCAACCACCUCAUCCACCCAGCAUUAACCAAGUAGAAGAGAGAAGCCGGACGGAAAAAUUUUCAACGAAAGCAUUUUUUGAAUCCAUACUGGAUUUAACAAAGAAUGUACCUUUUGUCAUUCACGUUGUAGCUUAUGGUAUCAACAUUGGUGUAUUUUCAGCUAUAGGAACUCUAUUGAAUCAGUUGAUAUUACAAUAUUUUAAACAUCUACCUGAUGCAGAAGAAUUUGCUGGUAGGACAGGUCUAGUCAUGAUAGUCGUUGGAAUAGUAGGUUCUAUUGUUUUUGGAAUAUUUUUGGAUAAGACACACAAAUAUAAAGAAACAACACUUUUCACCUACUUUAUGUCUUCAGCAAGCGUUGUAGCAUUUAUGUUUACUUUAGAAAUGCAGUCAAAAGUUUUGGUAUAUAUUGCUGUCGGUGUUGUAGGUUUAUUUACAAAUGCCUAUAUGCCAGUAGGUUUUGAAAUGGCCAUGGAAUUAACUUACCCUUCUUCUGAAGGUACCACAACAGGGCUACUUAUGGCACCAUCUCAGAUUUUAGGAGUUGUUUUUGCUUUAAUGUUAGGAAAACUGAAUUCCACGAUAGGUCCUUUCUGGUCCUUAGCAUCCCAAGCGUUACUAUUAGGAGUAGGUACAAUAAUAACUGGUUUUGUGCCGAAUAAAUUGAGAAGACAGGAAGCUUUCAAACGACGUUUAAAUGAUGUUUUACCAACGGAAACAAUAAAAAAAUAAGAAUAAUAUGUACAUUUUUAAUUAUUAAUCUAGCGAAACUAAGUCAUUAGUGAUACAAUUCAAAUGUAUACUUGAACAAUCCCCUUUAAUCUUUGAGUGAAAAAGAUAAUUGUAUUAAAGUAGGCACAUUUCACAUCGUCACCAGUCUUGAUAAAGUCGUACUGCAAUGAGUUCCAAAGACACAGAGAUUAACCAUUUGCCUCUUUUACAAAGUAUUUCUGGCCACAAACUGUAUAAAAGAAGAUGGGUUAUUCUAACGUUAUAUAUUUUAUACGCCGCCAUUAACGCUUUCCAAUGGUUCGAAUACGCUAUUGUAGCUAAUGUCAUUAUGAAAUUCCAUGGAGUCAGUUCUGUUUCUGCGGAUAGGACAUCAAUAAUAUAUACGGCUUUGUACAUGCCUAUGGUAAUUCCGGUAUCCUAUCUUAUGGAGAAAUUGUUUCUUAUAGGACCUGCGCAAAAUAUCAAUAAUUGGUGUACUGGGAACUGCUACCGGCACCAUUAUCAAAAUUUUUUCCUUAUCACCUGGCAGAAUGUGGAUGACUUACCUAUCUCAAACCAUUUUGUCUUCAAUGCAGGUAUUUAUUUUAGCUCUUCCUCUACGAAUUGCAGCUACUUGGUUGAAGCUAAAGAGGUAUCUUUAGCAUGUGCUUUGGGGGAUUUGGAACGCAAUUGGUGCAAGCUGUGGGUUUUAUAAUUCCUCCAAUGGUUGUAAAAAAUACUGACAACUUGGAACAAAUUUCUGAUGACUUAGGAGUAUUGAUUGAGAGUUUGGCGGCUUUUACUUCCGUUGUUACCAUAAUUAUUCUGAUUUUCCAGCACGCCCGCCUUUACCACCAAAUCAAGUCAUUUGUGAGGGAAGAGAAAGUAGUUUUUUGAAAUCUCUAAAAAGACCUCUCAGCGAUAGAAGUUUCGGUUUUCACGCAGUUGCAUAUGGGAUUAGUAUUGCGGUGUUUGUUUCAAUAUCUACUUUACUGAAUCAAUUUAUGUUGUUCUACUUCGCAGGGUCUGAAGAAGAUGCUGGCCGGAUAGGGUUGAUCAUGGUAGUUUUAGGGAUGGCAGGAGCUAUUGUUUUUGGUCAUGUUUUAGAUAAAACUCAUUCCUAUA